CAAAAUGGCGGUCACUGAUUGAUCAUUUACUGGUACAAUGUGUGGAUUAGCGGUUGAAUUGCCAUUUGUUAACGACCUAAUAGCAAAAUGAGUUCGGUAAAAUCUACGCUAGAGGCCCUGACGAGUGUCGACUCUCUAGUGGACACUCUAAAAGCUUGUAUUUGGAAGCAAGACAAAAUUAUACGCGAAAAAAACGAAGAGAUUGAAAAUCUCAGGUCGAGGGUGAAAGAACUCGAAAAGGAGCGGAAUCAACUCCGCCAUUAUAUUGCAAGGGGAAGGGAAGACAGCUUAACAAACGUCAACACUGGUGCAAAAAAUAUACCGGAUGGUGAAAACAGGGCUGUAGAUUCCGGAAAGAUUUCUCAGGAUACGCCAGAGAGAAACAGCUCAACUGGAGGCAGUUCUGAUGUUUUUACAACUCCUCAGACCCCAACAUCUCCCAUGAUCACAAUAACAGCUGCAGAAACACCACAAAACUCUCCAAAACUUGUAAAGCGUGAUACUUUCAAAGCAGUCAAAAGAAAUGACAGCCUAAACCGACAGAAAUCCUUUUCAAAAAAAUAUGAACUUAGUCCAGAACUUCAAGACAGAAGCGUGAAGGUUUUGGAGCGACAAUAUGGAGGCAAAGACAAAGCUCAUUGGGCAGCCCGAGUUAUUCAAUCAUACUACCGUAAAUAUAGAAUGGAUAAACAAUUUAGAAGGAUGAGGGCAUACUCAGGAUCUCCUUUGAAAGAUCCAUUUAGACCUAAAUCAAACAGUGAUCCUCAAUCUCAAAUUACAAGUCCCAGGAUGGAGAAUUCCUCAGAAGCACAAGUGACACCUGUGCUGCGAAUCACAAAGAGGAAGAGUGGAAGUCAAAGAGUCAAGUCAAUACUUAUUAUAGACAAUAUCAACAGUUUAACUGGUGAAGAACCCCAAAUGUAUAGCAGUGAAAUUGCAUUGAAUUCUUCCCGGGAUAAUUUUCCAACAGAUCUUACAUCAAUAUUUACAGGAGCAGGAAAUAGAGUGGAUGCCAAACUGAUUGAGCAAAAAGAAGCAUUGGAUGAGAAGGUGGGUAUGAGGAAAGAAAGUAUCACCAGUGAAACGGAACAUUAUGUAAAGGUGGAGGUUGUGGAUAAUGUGGAGACACUGCCUGAUGAUGCUUUUGUGAAGGAUGGUCUAGUCCCUAAUAAGGUUCCCAAUGGAGACCUGCCUGGUAGACCAAGAAGAGAAACACUCACUGAUGAUGGCUCUACCUAUGGGAGUGACGAUUCAGGGGAUGAAAUGAGAAGAGACCUUAGCAGUGUGGACAGUUUGGAUGGAAUCUGCGCACCAAGUCUUACUAGCACUGAUGAUGACACCUCCAGUCUUUAUUCUGAAUUUGAUUCUGGAACAAAACCCCAGAAAUUAGAGACCAGGAUUGGUAUAAACCAUUUCAACAGGAAGCCAGAGAAAGGAAUUAAUUAUCUUGUGGCCCAUCAAGUGUUGGAAGACAGCCCUGAAGUGGUAGCAAAGUUUCUGUUGAGCGAAUCAGGGAUUAGUAAACAGAAACUUGGAGAGUACCUGGGCAAUUUGCAAAAUGAAUUCAACAUGGAAGUUUUAAAGUACUUUGUGCAGUCAAUGGAUUUUACUGGAAUGGAGGUUGAUGAAGCUCUGCGAGUAUACCAGACUUCCUUUAGAUUACCAGGGGAAGCACAGAAAAUUGAAAAACUCAUGCUGGAGUUUGCCUCACGGUAUGUUUCAUGUAACCCUGUUGACGAGAAGGGUGCUUUGGACACAAUCCUGAUUCUGGCAUUUGCCAUUGUGAUGUUAAAUACUGAUCUUCAUAGUCCUAAUGUGAAACGGAGAAUGACAGAGGCUGAUUUCAUCAACAAUUUGAGAGGUACCAACAAUGGUGGAGAUUUUCCAGAAGAGAGUCUGCUAGAGAUCUACAAUAGAGUAAAAAAGAAAGCAUUUUCUCCAGGAAAAGAUCAUGUCAAUGUUGUGGAGAAACUGGGUAAAAAAAUUGUUGGAACAAGGUCACCUUGGACUACACUGGCUGCUCUUCAUAGACAGCUUCGAUUGCUGACCCCUCUUUACAAUGUGCGAGAUCCAAACAAGAAGGAGAAAGCUCACCCCAGAGUUAUCUUUCUUUUUAAUGAUAUGCUAGUGGCCACUAAAGAACGAGGUAGAGCUGGUCGUGGAGAGGGGAUACAUUAUUACAGCUACAAGCUCUCCUUCUCCUUGUGUGGAGUUAAAGUAUCCACCUUUUCAAGGGACUAUUACCCUUUUGGAAUACAGAUUUACUCUAAGCUAGAUAGCAGGGUUCUGGCUUAUUUUAAUGCAAGGGAUGAAGAAACAAGAAAGGUGUUUGUUGAUGAACUUGUUGACUGCAUAGAGGAGACAAAUGAAAUGGAAAGUGACCGAAUCACAACAGAGAAACAGAAGCACCUUGGGAACAGGUUCAACAGAUCUGGGGUGGACAUGAAUCGUGCAUCAUUAACAUUGCCAAAGAAACUGAAGCAGCCAUCUCCAGACACAAUCAGUUUGAUUGACAGUGCAAGUUCAAUGGAGUCUUUGGGCACAGGCUUGAUGGGAUCAAAACAACUGUCAAGUUCACUUUUGAACAUCAACGAGAAUGGAGAGUUUUCAGAACUGAAGAAAAGCAGCAGUAUUUCAUCUCUAGAUAGUGCUUUUACUGAAGCAGGUUCUGAUCAGACAAUGUCAGAUGAUCUUCAAGGCUCACAUUCAACUCUCAACAGAAAAGGAUUGUUUGGAAAAUGGCGCUCAAGAUACAACAGCAAGAGUGUUGGAAGGCCUUCACCAAAUAUGACCCCUGUUUCCUCACCCGCUAGAAAUUGUUCAACUCCCAGAUGACAGUAAUACCUUUAGAAUUUCCUAUUCACUCGUCACUUCCAUCCAUUCACUCAUUCUUGCUACUAAGAUAAUCUUAAAAUUUGAUUAGUUGUCAUAGAUCUCGUUACUUUAUCUAGGGAAAUAUAACACAUGAGCCGGGAAGAUGUUCAUUUGUCAGAGAUGGAGAGAGUGGUACUUAAAUGACAGAACCUUACUUAAAAAUUAUUGUUAUUAUUUUAGGGAAAGGACAUGCCUAAACGUACUUUUAUUUUAAUAACUUUUUGGCAUUGUUCAUUAUUUAAUGACAUGUAUGUUGAAAUAUUAACGCAGAAGGGAUCUUAAACAGUCAAACUUAGAAAACUGUGAACACUGGUCUAACCCAAACAGCAGUUUUGCUCAAGCAGUGGGCCAGCCUCACAGAUUGUCUAAUAGAGGAAUUUCAUUAAAUUUAUGUCCUUCCCCCAUUAGCUUUCUGCCCUCUUGACUUUGUUAACAAAAGUAAAUGUUCAUAUAAAAGGUUUGGCCAAAUUGAAGAUGGCUAGGAAUGUGAUUUUGUUCAAGAAUGGCUAAACUUUGUUUACAUAAUUGUUUACAUAAUGUUGUUGGUGACUAGCUAAGUCUUCUCACUCGGUAGGAAGACAAGUUAACAAUCUUUUAGGAACUACUUUCAACUGGAGACUCUUAAUUUACAAACAUUAGUUACUCCAUACUGUACUCAUUUAUCUUCUUCAGUUUAAUAGUAGUUGUUCAAGUUGUAGGAGUCACAAGCUGGUUGUCAAUUGUUAUUAUACUUAUUUCUGUACCUAUAGUAUGGUAGUAUCAUGGCUUGACACUAACUUUUCAACUUACUCGCUAAGUGGCUAGUGACAACUUUGAUGUUACAACAAUUUCAGUUUGUU